GCAGGAAGUGAUCGGAACAAAUAAAGCCCCUCUAGCAGUGAAGUGAACUAAAGUGUACAAGUGAAGUGUUCUGGUGAAGUGAAAAUGGUUCAGUGUUGCUGAAAGUGUGACGAUUGUUAGUGCAAUGGGGUUUAAUAAAUCGAGCACCCUUGCACUAUACGUGCUGUUGUGCUGGGUGUUUUGUUCUGUCGCCGGUGGAUUUGAGGAUCAAGCCAAAAUACUCGCCACCAAUGGGCACAUUAUCAUUGAGUCGGCGCAAGAUCGCAACAUCACCUUCUACAUGAAGGGUAGCGGCCAUUUAAACAUCGGCGGCCUGAGUGUGGAGCAGGUGCUGCGGACAUUGUCCAAAAUGAUGAUCGAAGGUCGAUCAUCGCCCGACAGUCAAACGUUUCUGCCCGGUGGCAGUGUGGCCGAUCAGGUACAACUGCUGGCCACCUACGUGAGCGGUCCGUUCGGGUUGAUCAAGCGAGUUGAAACUCUCGAGCAGGAAUCCUCAACACGCAACACCACCCAGAUGCAUCCGCGCAUCGGUGCGCUGGUACGUCGCGUCCGGAACGUCGAGACGAAGCUGGCAGCACUGUUGACAACGCUGCAAGCGAACCGGUGCGCCAGUGGACCGUGCCAGAACGGUGGCACCUGCAUCGCCCAGUACGAUUCGUUUAUGUGCCUGUGUCCGAGCAACUGGGAGGGCCAAACGUGCACGACGGACGUGAACGAAUGUUCCCUGUUUGCCGGUACCGAUCUUGGUUGUCAGAAUGGAGCGACGUGCAAGAACGUGCACGGUGGCUACAACUGUAUGUGUGCGGAUGGAUGGCGCGGCAUACACUGUAACACCCGGUCGCAGGAUUGUUCCACGGCUGGGGCCGACCUGUGUGGCCAGGGAACGUGUGUGCAGGCAAAGGAUGGCUAUCGGUGUAUCUGCGAUCAGGGCUGGAAGACGAACGGGUUAACGCCGGCCUGUUCGCAGGACGUGGAUGAGUGUAGCGAAUCGAAGCCACACUGCUCGAAGGACCCGGAGGUAAGCUGUAUCAAUCUGCCGGGAUCGUUUGUGUGUGGCCCGUGUCCGGCUGGUUACACCGGCAAUGGGUUCUACUGCGUUGAUAUUGACGAGUGUGAGACGAACAAUGGUGGCUGCAGUACAUCGCCCUCGGUGCCAUGCAUCAACACGAGAGGAUCGUAUCGUUGCGGCAAUUGUCCAGCGGGAUAUACUGGGGAUGGGCGGACUUGUCUGGCGCAAGGUAACCGAUGCACACAGGGGCUUUGUCAUCCGAUGGCUCGCUGCGUGGAUUACGGAAGUGCCGUCCCGAACUGCAUCUGUCUACCGGGAUACACAGGAUCCGGGUUUGGACCUAAUGGAUGCUAUCGUUCCUCGAUGAACCCGUGCUCCAGUUCGCCUUGUAGGAAUGGUGGCACCUGUGUGAAGAUCGACGCACAAAACUACAGCUGCACUUGCCCACCGGACACGAACCCGCCCAACUGCAUGCGCACCACCUCACCGUGCGAUUCGAAUCCCUGUCAGAAUGGGGCCACUUGCGUUGCUGGUUGGGGCAACAGUGGAAGGUUCGGGUGCCGUUGUGCACCGGGCUACACGGGACUGCGCUGUCAAACGUUAACACGCACGUGCGGUGGCAUCCGGUACCAGCUGAACGGUACGCUACGCUAUCCGGAGUUUAACGGCACGUACAACCACAAUGCACGGUGCGCCUGGUUGAUCAAAACGAACGACACGCAGGUGUUGGACGUAACCUUCACGCAGUUCGAUUUGGAGAAUCCGGUCAGCACGGGCGAGUGCAAGUACGAUUGGUUGCAGAUACACGACGGCCGUACCUCAGCGGCUCAGAUCAUUGGACGGUUCUGCGGCAGCGAGCUGCCCCGUGGUGGUAACUUCCAAUCCACUCACAACAUGCUGUACCUCUGGUUCCGUUCCGACAACUCCACCGCACACGAUGGGUUCGAGUUGCAGUGGAAAAGUGUUGCGCCUGUGUGCGGUGGUACGAUAGCGGUCACUAGCCACGGUAUCAUCACCUCUCCCGGAACGCCCGGUAACUAUCCACCGAACCGGGACUGUAAGUGGUUCCUGCAGGCACCGCAGGGCCGUCGCAUCCAGUUCACCUUCUUCACGAUGAUGAUCGAGGUGCACGAAAACUGUAACUUCGACUUUGUGCAGAUCUCCGAAGGCGUGACGGACGAGGGUACGGUGCUGGCCAAAUACUGCAACACAACCCAUCCACCGCCGCUGAUUACGCCCAGCCACGAGGCGACCGUGUACUUCCACAGCGACGAAAGUGGGAACGAUGCCGGGUUCCAGAUUAGCUACGCCGUCGUGGAAGGUGUCCCUGGAUGUGGGGGGACGUACACGCAGCGCGAGGGUGCCAUUAGCUCACCGCUGUCGCAAACCGAUAACGUUUAUCCGAACAAUCUGAACUGUGAGUACCUGAUCAAGCUUCCGAUUGGUAGCCGGGUGGAGAUCCGGUUCAGCAAGUUCCAUCUCGAGCAAAGCGAGGGCUGCAAGUUUGACUAUCUGGAGAUCUUUGACGGCAGCAGUACGGAGGACGCGUCGCUCGGCAAGUUCUGUGGCGAUCGGAUGCCACCGACAUUCACCUCGACCGGGCACGCACUGUUGCUCAAGUUCCACACGGACUGGUCGGCACCGAAUCCUGGGUUCAGCCUCCUGUACAAGAUCAAGUGUGGUGGUACGUUUACCGAUCCGGGUGUAGAAAUUAUGUCACCCUCGUAUCCGCAGAUGUACCAAGCUGAUCAGCUGUGUGACUACGUGAUCCAGGCACCGCUAGGGAAGGCGAUCUCGUUCGACUUCCAGGACUUUGACAUCGAGAAGAACAGCUUCCCGAGGUGUGAGCUCGAUUAUGUGGAGCUGUACGAUGGGCUGCUGCCAACGAACGAGACACUGCUCGGACGGUACUGCAGCACGAAAGCACCACCGACGACCGUUUCGUCGAAAAACGUGAUGCUGCUGCGAUUUGUCUCGGACGGAUCGGUAGCGGGGCGGGGUUUUAAGGGUAACUUUUCGUUCUUCGACGUUAGCUGUGGUGGUGUGUUGAUGCGCGAGGAUACCAUCAUACGGUCGCCGAUGAUUGCGGAGACGGGAAAGUAUCAGCACGAUGCGCAGUGCGAAUGGAUCAUCGUAGCGCCCGAGGGUCACGCGAUACAGCUGAUGUGGAAUAGCUUCGAGCUGGAGGUGAGCGGACGGUGCGUGUACGAUUACGUGCAGGUGUUUGACAAUUCGUCGAUAGCGAACAGUCUGAUCGGGCGGUACUGUGGGACGGAUAAGCCGCCGGCGAUCACCAGCACGGGCAACAUGGUGACGAUACGGUUUGUGACGGAUUCGUCCUCCUCGAAGGAUGGGUUCAGUUUGGCGUUUAACUUUAUCGACGUGGAGAAAUCUUGCGGUGGAAACUAUUUCGCGACGAGCGGCAUCAUUCGGUCGCCCGGCUGGCCCAAGAACUAUCUCUCCAACAAGGUGUGCGAGUGGGUCAUCACGGUACCGAUGGGGCAACAAAUUACACUGCUAGUUCACUCGUUCCGCAUGGAAAAGCACAAGACGUGCCGGUUCGAUGGGCUCACCAUUCGGAACGGUGGCACACAGCACUCACCCCUCAUAGGGGACUUCUGCGGCGAGGACGACUUUAACGGCACAAUCUCAUUCAGCCACCAGCUGUACCUACGCUUCUACUCGGACAGUUCGCGCAACUAUGCCGGGUUCAUGAUCGAGUGGGAUUCAGCGACGACCGGGUGCGGUGGCGUACUGACGUCUCCGCGCGGUUCCAUCAUCUCCCCCAACUAUCCGCUUCCGUACGGCCAGAACGCUCUCUGCAUAUGGCGCAUCUCGAUGAGCGAAGGGUCCGCCAUACACAUCGUGUUCACCGACUUAGACAUGGAAAACCACAAGGACUGCCAGUACGACUAUCUGGACAUUUACGAUGGUGGUGAUAUGGGUGCGCGAAAGCUGGGUCGCUUCUGCAGCGCCGAAACGGACCCGAUCGUACUGGACACCGAAUCGAACCACGCGCUCAUACGCAUGCGCACGGACGAAUCGAACCAGCGGCGUGGAUUUCAGCUCAAGUACAACAUUCUCUGCCGCCGGAACAUUACCGGGUUCGGGGGGAUCAUCGAAUCGCCCAACUUCCCGUCCGAGUACGCCGCAUCGAUGGACUGCCGGUGGACGAUCAGGGUACCGCCCGGGAACAGGAUCAACCUGGAGUUUUCCCACUUUGACUUUGAGUCGAUCAAUCAACAGGGGCUGGACAAUGCCACCCACCAGCGCUGCCCGUUCGAUUACGUGGAGCUGCAGGAGAUGGGUUCGGGUGAUUUGCCCGUGGUACGCCGGUACUGUGCCAACAAACCGGCCCCGUUCGUUAGCGUGGGACGGUCGAUCGAUCUGAUCUUCCACACGGAUGCGAGCGGCGAACAGAUGGGCUUCCGGGCCGAGUGGUCCAUUAAUGGGUGCGGUGGACUGUUGACGAAACCGUACGGGACGUUCAGCUCACCGAACUACCCGAACCAGUACCCGAAGGAGACGGAGUGCCACUGGACGAUCCGGGCGCCGCCCGGCAAGCGGAUCGAUCUGAUGGUGGAAGACUUUCACAUGGAAACGAACGAUCAGUGCCGGUUCGAUGGGUUGCAGAUUGCGAACGAUGCCAACUUUACGCACCAGGUGACGAAGCUGUGCCACGAGCAGCAGGAACCGGUACAUUUGGUCAGUAGCGGGACGGAGCUGUUUGUGAAGUUUUACAGUGACUCCACCUUCACGUACAAAGGUUUCCGGGCGGUUUACAAAACGAUCGAAUCGCAAUGUGGUGGCAAGAUAACCCUACACCAAGGUUUCAUCAGUUCGCCCAACUAUCCGUUGAACUAUCCGGCGAACGCGUCCUGCUCCUGGUUGAUCAAAACGGACCUUUCGCACACACUGCAGCUGAGCAUCAAAUCGCUAGCGAUCGAACGAUCGGACAACUGCACGAACGAUUCGCUGCGGGUGUACGAUAGCAAUACGGCCGAGCUGGAUCGUUUGCUGUUAACGGCGUGCGGUAGUGAGUCGAACGUAAGCACCGUGUCGUCUACCGGGCACGAGAUGCUGGUCACCUUCCAAUCUAACCACAUCAUCGAGGCGAAAGGAUUCCAGGCUGAGUUUAAGACGAACUGUGGAUCGCGUAUCAAGGUGAAACGGCCCGGUAACAUUCUGCUGAACAAAGCGCACAAAAUGUCCUCGGACAACUGUACCUGGGUGUUGAUUGCGCCGGAACCGACCGAGCGCAUCACCAUCACGAUCGCCCACAUGAGCGUGAUGGAUGUGGAGCGCGAUUGCUUUGCCAGCUUGACAGUGUACGAAGGAGACGGCACGGAUGGCCCGGUACGCUUCGAGGGCUGCGGGCACAAGAUCCCGCCGGCGAUCGUCAGCCGCGGCAAUGCGCUGACGGUGCUGAUCAGCUCGGAAGACGUGCUGCUGAGCAAGAUCGACAAUCUGUACGUGGAGAUCACGUACACCACGCUCGACAAUGCCUGUGGAGGAAGUUUAACAGCUCUGAUGGGCGAGUUUAGCUCACCGAACUAUCCCGACACGUACCCGCUGAACGUGGAGUGCGUUUGGAAGCUGUCCGCUUCGCCGGGAAACAAGAUGACACUAUCCUUCAAGGAGCUAGACAUCGACUCGUCGGAAGACUGUAACGGUGACUAUCUGGAGGUGCGGGAGCGCGAUGAAAAUGGUCCACUGCUGGGUGAUUUCUGUGGCAACCAGCUUCCGUCGAAUCUGUCCGAAGCGAGCAGCUUUUGGGUGAAAUUCCGUUCGAAUGAGGUGGGCGUUGGGAAAGGAUUUUUGGCGGAGUAUUCCUACGACACGCUAAGCGAGAUCACCGGGGCGAGCGGUACGGUCACAUCGCCAAUGUAUCCACGAAGCUAUGCCAGGGCGGACAAUAUCGGGUGGCGCAUUACCGUCGACAUAGGAUCGGUGAUUGCGCUCAACUUUAACCGAUUUGCCAUCGAUCGUCACACGGAGGAUCCGGAGAUGUGCGAUGGUGCGCUGGUGAUAUUCGAUGGGUACGACGAAACGGCCGCUCCUUUGCUGCGAGGCUGCGGAUACAUUAAACCCGACCCGCUAACCUCGACCUCGAACGUCGUGUACAUCGUGCUCGAUCAUUCGGACAUCAUGGAGUCGUCCCUGUUUAUGCUAACCUGGCAGCAGAAAGUCAUCAGCAACGCUCCCAUCUUCCCGGUCGAUCAGGAGAACUUCUGCAACGGGCACGCAACGAUCGUGCUGAACAGCACCGACACCACAUUCAAUCUCAGCUCUCCGGGCUAUCCGAACGGGUACCAGAACGGACUGAACUGUAGCUGGAUCUUCCAGUCCGCUUUGCCCGCGUACCACCCAUUUUUGAGCUUCAGCUUUAUAGAUCUGGAAGAAUCGAGCGACUGCCUAGCAGAUUACGUGGAGGUAUUUAGCUCGUCCGAUCUGGCCACGUGGAAAUCGUUCGGCCGCGUCUGCACUUUCGCGAUCCGCGGGACGUACAAAUUCCACGGCACUCCCUACCUGAAGUUGGAGUUCCGCACGGACUACUUCCAGAACAGGACCGGCUUUACCGGGACGGUGUUUCUGCGGUGCGGUGGCCUACUGACCGAUCCGAACGGAGUGAUCACGCAGCCCGAUUCGUUGCCUACGGUCGAGCCGGGUAUGCCGGUCAAUCGGCUUGAGCGGUUCGAAUCGUGCAGUUGGAACAUUAGCGUACGGGCCGGUCGCACAAUAGAGCUUACCUUCGAAAGGCUUAACAUUACCGUCGAACCGGCGGACCCGAUGGUGCGCAACGGGUAUGUCGCCAUCAUGAACGGAAUUGACGAGCUGUCGCCACUGCUCGGACGGUACAGCGGGACGGAUAUACCGGGCACGAUCAAAACCAGCAGUAACCGGGCGUUCGUACAGUACCGACCGAGCAUCAGGGAACCGAACCUCUUCCGACUGGUUUACCGUGAGGUAAGCAUCGAAUGUGGCGGUAAUGUGGUGCUGAGCGCACAGCUGAACUCCACCGAUAUCGUGACCCCGAACUAUCCGGAGAUACCGCCAGCCUACAGCGAAUGCUUCUGGCAGGUGUUGGCACCGGCCGGUCAACUGCUGUGGGUGCAGGUGGUCGGCCAGGUGCUGCUACCGCGCAUGCCCCAGUGCAAAACGGAGUACAUCCAGCUGCGGGAAGGACUUACGUCCAACGCGCCCGAGCUGCUGCAUUCCUGCUCGGGCGAUCUGUCCAAGCGCAUUAUGACCAAAACGAAUGCGCUCUCGGUAAAGUACUUUAACGAUCGCACGGAUCCGAACGGUGGUGUGAAGCUGCGCGUAACGCUGGCCAAAUGUGGUGGCUCGGUUCGAGGUCCUCGCGGUUCCAUAACGUCCAAGAACUAUCCCAUCAUGGGAGGCUAUCCUUCGCCGGCCGUCUGUGAGUACUACCUUCAGGAGGGUAUGUACGGCACGAUGAACCUUUCGUUCGAGGACUUACAUCUGCCGACCAAAGGGAACUGCAGCAGUGAAGAUCAUGUGCGUAUCUUUUCCGUACUGCCCGGGAGAAACAAUACGGAGAUCGAGCUGGGCAAGUUCUGCGGCACUCAGAUGCCGACGGAGCCGAUCGUGAGUGUGGUACCGCACGUGAAGAUCGUGUUUACGGCCACCACCAUGAACACGAUCUACCGUGGCUUUAAGCUGAACUACGCGCUCAACUACAGCCGCUGCACUCAUUCGCUGGUGGCGGAUUCGGGCGAGAUCACCAGCCCCGGGUACGGCGAGGAACUGCAGACGUACUCGUUCUGCGAGUGGCGCAUCACCGUGCCGGCCGGGCGCCGGAUCAAGGUCGAGUUCCUGGAUCUGGACAUACAGGAGAGUGGCGCAUCGUACCUGUGGAUGCAGCGGCUGACACUGUUCGACGGUGUCAGCUACCAGACACGCAUCAAGCUGAUCACGUCGAACGAUAAAUCGGUGCCGAUCUAUUCCAGCGACAAUCGUAUGCUGAUACAGUACCUGUCGCGGAUGCCUACCGGCAAGCGUGGAUUCCGUCUGCGCUACUCCAGUGACGAACCGUCGAUUUGUGACAGCAAUCUGGAUGGAUGGCAGGGCAGCAUUGAGACGCCGGUCAACGAGACCACGGUCGUGUGCACCUACAGGCGGACGCAGCCCACCCUGUCCCGGGAGCCAAACGCCCAACCGAACGUUGGUACGCUUGCGAUGAAUUUCCGCGAGAUCAGGGCCGGUCCGUUUGAGCGCACGUGUGUGGAAGUUUUGCGAGGCCCAACCGUUAUGGGUGGAUCGGGUAUGCUGAAGAAAAUGUGCCUAAAUGCGACAAACGAGAUGGUGCUCUCGCCGUUCCACAACACCAUGAUAAACUUGGUGCAGGGAAUCCCGUUCCCGGGUUUGCUCAGCUUCAAGAUGGACUACCGGGUGCACCAGUGUGGCGGUGUGUACGGAGACAUCGGCAACAUUAGCCGACCGGUAGGCCUGGACCUGUCCGACCGUGAUGGACUGCACUGUGCGUGGUACGUGGCCUACCAGGACCAGACACUGAUCAACAUCGCGUUCGGCCGGUUCCAGAUGCAACUGCCCUGCGACCAAGAGUAUCUGCUCGUGUACAAUGGGCCCGGUCCGAUGUCUCCCCUGCUGGGGCGCUUCUGCAAAGAUUCACCGCCACCGGCCGAACCUAUCGCCACCCAGAAGCAUGUGCUGUUUGUCGAAUAUCAUACGGCACGGGCGAACGCCUCGGAUAAGGUUGGUGACUUUGAGUUGCGGCUAAGCAGCAAGAACUUUGGCUGCGGUGGUACACUGCACCCGAGCACGUCCACCUUCGGAUCACCGCUGAAGGCUGGGAAGUAUCUGCCGCUGCAGGAGUGUGUGUGGUUACUGCAGGCGAAUCCUGGCCAGCACAUUGGGGCUCGGUUCAUCAAUCGCUUCAAUCUGGAGAAGAGCCCGAACUGCACCAAGGAUUACGUGGAGCUGUUCGAUCAGCGACGAAACCGGGAGUGGGUUAGUUUGGGACGCGUCUGCGGCAAGGAUGUGCCGCCGUACUUUAACUCGUCCGGAACUGUGAUGAAGGUUGUGUUCCGGACGGAUGACAGCGGUGAAGCGGACGGGUUCACUAUCAAGUGGGACUCGAAUUGUGGUGGAAUAUUUUACGCGGAGCAGGAAACGAAUGUCAUCGUCAGCCCGAACUAUCCGGCCAAGUACAACAACAUGCAGGUGUGCAACUACACGAUCCUGGCGAACAGUUCCGAUGGCGGUAUCGUCUUCAACUUCCUCGACUUCGAUCUCGAGGAUUCGCUCGUCACGUCGCUCUGUGCCUACGACAAUCUGACCGUGUACCGGAAGCUCGAAUUUGCCGAACCCGUCACCUGGGAAAAGGUUGGCACGUACUGUCGCAAAACGGCCCCAGCCAGGUUCCGGGUGAAGGAUCGGGCCGCGAUCAUAUUCCAAACCGAUCGCUUCAUACAGGCUCGCGGGUUCCGGUUUGAGUAUAGGCUCGACACAUGCGGAGCCAACAUCACCAGCUCGAUGCGCAUCCACAGCCCCGAACAGUUGCCACCCGACGGUACAUACCGGCCCGCGCUAACCUGCCGCUGGUACAUUGACAUUCCGCCGGGGCAGAAGGUGACGGUACGGUUCGAAAUGCUCGAAAUCGAGCAUACCGAAUCGUGCUACUUCGAUACGGUGGAAGUGUUCCGUGGGCUGGAAGCGAACCAAGAUCAUCGGUUGGCGUUGCUGUGCGGUAACCUGACCGGGCAUGCACCGGCCAUCUCCAUCAGCGGCAGCCGGCACGGUAUGAUAUCGUUCAAGACGGAAUCAUUCUCGACGACGCACGGCAAAAUGUCCGCCCUGGUACUGUACACCCCGGACUGUGACAAACAGAUAACGCUGGACGACCGGUCACCCAGCUACCGGCUGAACGUCAUCGGCAGUGGGAACCAGCGCGUCCAGGACUGUCAGUACGUGUUCCAGGCGCCGAACGGCUACACGCUACAGCUAGUGUUUGAUCAAUUCCACGUCGGCUCAUCGCGCAAUGCAUCGUUGGCGAAUUGUACGGAUGAUUUCGUAGAAUUGCGGGACGGUGGUAGCAUAUUUUCGGUACUGAUUGGACGCUUCUGCGGUAAUGAUCCGGUUGCACCCCAGACUAGCUUCGGUUCGACGAUGCACUUGCGCUAUGUAACGGAUUCCGCCCUGCGGGGUACACUGUUCGAUGCGACCGUCCGGAUGGUACCGUCCCUGUGCGGACCAAUGCAUCACAAUCUUACGGGCGGUGCGAUAAUCACGCUAAACACACCGAACUUCGGCGGCAGCAACAAGUAUCCACCGAACACGAAAUGUUUGUGGCUGUUGGAGGCUUCGGCUGGAAAGCAGGUCGAGAUACAGUUCUUGCAACUGGACCUACAGCAGUUCGAUGAGAAUAGCUGGGAGUGUAAGGAUUACAUUGGCAUUCGGGAUGCUUCGCUGAAGUCAGUCAUCUACGAGGGUCUUGGCAAUUCGCUGAUCUUCAACGGUGGAGGCGCUAGCAAGGCCAGCUUCUAUCAUGGCACUCGGUACGCUAACGCCUACCACGUCUACUGCGGCAACAACUACCUACCCAGCACCUACAUAUCGAUCGUGAACCGGGUGUACAUUAGCUUCGAGAGUGACGCCUCGAUCGAGGCGAAAGGCGUCUCGUUGCGUGUGCACGAAAGCAACCUGUGCGCCAAACACUACACCGCACUGCAGGGCCGCAUCGUACAGACGGAGAUGCUCAAGGAUCAGCGCUGUACGAUCACGGUGCAGGUACCGCAGAACUACACGAUUGCGGUCUACUUCAACACGUUCUAUCUGUACAACGUGGACUGUGCGGACCAUGCACUCAAGUUUUACGGUGGCCCCGAAGAGCGGGCCGAUCAGCUGCUGGGCGAGUACUGUCACUUUGCCACACCGAACCCAAUCUUUACCACCGGGAACUAUCUGCGCAUCGUACUGCCCGCAACGGAUCGAGACUUUGUAUCGCUACAGCUAGACGCGACGUACGUGGCCACCGACCAGGGCCAGGGUUGCGGUGGUGAACUGUACAACUACGGUGGUGUGUUCAGCAGUCCCCUGUAUCCGGCCAACAAUCGUACGCGGAUGGAGUGCCUGUGGACGGUAACCGUCCCGAACAAUCUGGUGGUAGCGUUACGGUUCGAUGUGUUCGACCUGGGAAGCAAAUCGUCCUGUGCGACCGAUUAUCUGCAAAUUCUCGAUCGAACGAGCGACGAAUCGAGCGUGGAUGGCGCGAAUAACGAGAAGGACACGGUCGUACGGCAACAUUGCGGUGGAGAUAAACCGGCCAACUACAUUGGCAGCGGUAGCACGGUACGGGUGCGGUACAGGAAGACGCAAAACUUUGCCGGCGUCGGUUGGAUGAUCAAGUUUAUGGGCAUCGAAAAGGGUGCCGGUGUGAAUGAAUACUAGUGGGGGGAGGGGGUGGGGGGGUCCUUAAGGUCAUCGGCAUCAAUUGGGCACUUUCUUUCUUUGUAUCAUUAUAAUGUGUCGCAUUAAAAAAGAAAGGAUUUUUAUUCUUAGCAGUUAAGAAAAAGCUUUUAAAAUAUUGUACGAAAGGGGAAUAGCUUAAAACAUCUUUAAAGUGUUAUGGAUUAUUGCAAAAAUGGUGCAGAAGGGUAAUAACUAUUUAGGAGACUCUUCUUCAUUUACAUCCUACCGAUAAGUUUCCACUGCUUGGAUCAUGCACAGGAUAUAUUUCCAUUAUCGGUUAACUGCUGACUAACGAUAGAUUGCUACGACACUUUUGUUAAAACUGAUCUGUCAUUUAAUAAAAUCCAUAUAUUCACAGCAAA